AUGGAGGACGAAGACACCUGUCGAAUCUGUCGCAGCGGCCCUGAACCCUCAUCGCCCCUCUACCACCCCUGCAAAUGCACUGGAUCCAUCCGCUACUGUCAUCAGGACUGUCUGCUCGAAUGGCUCCAGCACUCGCGCAAAAAAUACUGCGAACUCUGCAAUCAUGCCUUCAUCUUCCACAAAAAGUACCGCAAGGACAUGCCUUCCGACGGCAAACUCCCCCGGUACCUCUACGCGCGUCGACUCGUCAUCCGAUCUAUACAAACGGUCAAGUUAGCCGCAAGGGCGCUGUUGGUUGGGUUCACAUGGCUUGCCUUGUUGCCCUAUAUCAACAUCAACGUCUGGAGGUUUUGGUUCUGGUGCAUCGAUUACGCGAUCUUGUAUUGGUUUGUCGAUGUUGCGACCAGGCUGGGCAUGGCUGGGUUGAUACCUACAUACCAGGAAGCUGCUCCUCCGGCGAACGCUACAGCGGUAAAGGACCUCGAUGGGAUGGUCAAGUUCUCCUCCUCAGACGCGUGGUCUCGCAUCGCAUCGCCUUUCGCAUCCAGCACCUCCUCGCACACGCCAAUCACCAUCUCUGGCGUAAAGCUUUCGGUCCGAACUCUGCUCGAGCAUCUGGCACACGAUGUCUUUCAAGGUCAGAUCUUGAGUUGCGUCAUUGUGGUAUUCUUCGUCGGCGUGUUCCUGCUAAGAGAAUGGAUCUUGCAGAAUAUGCCGCAGAACUUUGAUGUGCAGCCACAAAAUGUGGAUGCGGUACAACCGGAGGAGGGGCCAAGGAACCUGGCCGACGGGCAGCCGAGGGCGGCGGAAGAGCGUCAGGCACAGAUCAGGGCGCAGUUCGAACAGAGAAGGGACGAGUUCGAACGCGUCUUGGCCGACUUACAGGAAACACCGCAGGACGAAGCGAAUGAGGAAGUGGGAGGGGAGCGCGAGCUCGAGUUGGAUCCUGAGGAGCAGAGAGUGCAGGCCAGGCUGGCACGGCUCCGCAGAUUGGAGCAGGUCAUGGCUGCGCGAGAGCGUCCUGCUGGGGAUGCGGCAGCAGAUACUGCAGAAGGUAGCAGCGAUUCAGCCGGCUCGUCGGAGCCUCCGCAAUUGGCUGCGUCGAAUGGCACCGACCCUUCAACAUCGACGCAAAACCUGCGAGACGCGCUCGGCUGGUCCGAGGCCGGCCCAUCUUCUGAAGGACUCAAAGAGACAAACUCGAUCGCACUCGAAAGUCUAACGCAGCAGGACCCACAAGCAGGCACCAGCAAGGACAUUCUCGAGCAGUCAGAUGAUGAUCGCAAAGCGGACGAAGCCGCAGUGGGACUUCAGCUCGAAGCUCAGCCUGAAGAGUUGCAGGAAGCGGCACAAAAUGACGUAUCUGUCUCACGGACGGGAGAUUAUACCGAACCCGCGCAGGCGGAUUCGCCAAGGGAUGUGACGACUCGAACCGUAUCGACCGGGGACGAUCACACAGCUUCACCUGCAGCAGAACCUCUUCAACCUCUCCCACAAGCUGACGAGCUGCCACUCGCCGCCGCGGAUGAAGCUCGGGACGACGAUGAAGCCUGGGAGGACGAAUCAGACGCAGACGCCGACGCACCAGCCCAGCCAGAUCCAGCAGACGAGGUCGCGCUCCGUGCAGCCGCGGCAGCCGCUUUCCCACCACCUAUCGCGCAUCCCAUCGCCGCAGAAGACGAGAUCGAAAUCGUUGCAGCCGCCGCCGAAGCCGCCGAUGAUCCAGAAGCAGAGAUCGGUCUGGCCGAAGAGAUGGACGGCAUCCUCGAGGCGGUCGGCAUGCGAGGUCCCAUCUUUGGGAUCGUUCAGAACCUCUUCCUCAUGAUUUUCCUCAGCUUUUUCGUCAUGCAGGCGUUCGUGAUGGUGCCGUAUGUCGUGGGAAGGCUGUUGGGGAGCGGACCUGGAUUGAUCAAGGUGUUGGCGCUGCCGGUGAGGCUGCUGAGAUAUGUGACGGAUCCAGUGUUUGACGGGUUGAUUGCGGUGGGUGCAAAGGGAUGGCCGAGGGUGGUGGCUGCAAUGGGGUUGGGGCAGGCUAAGACGGAUUCGACUGUGGUGGACGCUGCAAAGAAUGGAAAGCUGAUCAAUGCGUGGCUUGGCUUCUUCACCUCUGCCGUCGGCCAUGCAAAGUCGGACGCUACGAAGGUCGUGCGCGGACAAGCAUUGGACACUCAAGCCGUAGCUGCCAAGUCGAGCGCGCUUGCCGGCUUGCUGGUCCGCGUCCUACCCGCUAGCGUCACAGCAUCUUCGCAAUGGACAGCUGUUAGCAACGCCUUCGACAUCGCCCUAGCCACCGGCUUCCGAGGCACCCUCGAGCGUCUCGCCGACACCGUUUCCGACCUCUUCGCCAAACUCGACUCCCACCGCAUCGUCACCUCCACCACCGACCGCGUCGUCUGCAUCGCCUUCGGACACGCCUACUGGAUGCUGAUCCUCUUCAUCCACCAGCAUUUCUCCAAACCUGAUUUUCCACGUGCCGUCGCCGAACAAUCCGCGCUCAAGAUGUUCAUGGAUCAACACGUGCUCAUCCUCAAGGCGAUCAGCUUCAUCUUCAUCGAGUUGUUCGUCUUCCCUCUUGGAUGCGGACUGCUGUUCGAUAUCUGCACCAUGCCCAUCUUUGCGGGCGCAUCCAUCGCGCUUUGGCCGGCCAAAAUCAAGGCCGCACCGAUCUCGUUUGCAUUCACCAGAUGGAUGGGUGGAACCGUGUACAUGUUCGUCUUUGCGCAGUACGUAAGUGCAACGAGGAAGGUGUUGCGGCCCGGAGUGCUGUGUUGGAUCAGGGACCCGAACGAUCCCAGCUUCCAUCCCAUCCGCGAAAUUCUGGACAAGAAGACGUGGACGCAGCUGAAGAAGAUCGGUGCAUCGGCUAUGAUGUACGCUGCAGUGUUGGUGGCCAGUGUCGGGGUCAACACAUAUUUCUUGAGAUACGCGAUGGGUUGGAGCGGUGUGCUGCCGUUGAGGUGGAAACCGUUCGAUCCGUGGACCGAGGUUCCGGUGGAUCUGCUGUUGGUUCACUUUGCGGUCCCGUGGGCAACGCAGAAGGUGGAUCCGGAGAAGCUGGCGGAGAAGUGGCUGAAAUGGUGGUGGAAGGGCGCGUCCAAGAUGCUUAGGCUGAGCACGUAUAUGAUCGGAGGACGGUUCAUGGAGGAGAGAAGAGGGCGGAAGGGGAAUAUGGUGGUCAAUGUCUGGAAGGCGUUGACGGGGCAGCAGGGUGGAGAGGAAGAGUAUGUGGAGGACGGCACGCUCGGUCGUGUUCCAGCGGAUGACAAGGCGAUCACGUCGGGUCCGUUGAUCAUACCUUUGAAGUCGGACGGCACGCCUGCGACAGAGCGUAUGGCAGAAGCACUGGUGAAGCAGGAGGCGGAUGCGGAGAAGCAUACGCCAAAACCCACCUACGAGGUCCUCUAUCUUCCUCCGAGCCAUCAGGUGCGCAUCACUACGAUCCUGACCCUGUUGUGGCUCAGCCAUUGCGCGCUGUUCAUCCUCGGUCUCAGUCUCCCGCUGUUGUUAGGUCGUGGGUUCGCCUAUCUGCUGAAAGGGAGACAAGUGCACGACUUCUACUCGUUCAGCAUCGGUCUCACCCUCCUUGUGCUUGCGGCCAAGCUGUACAAGGGCUCGAAAAAGACGUGGAACCGCCGCAUCAAGCGCGCACGAUACAUCCGGACCACGCCUCGACUUUACAUCACCGUUCGCAUCGUGGUAGAGAUCAAACGGAUCUUCAAGUCGAUCUUCCUGCUUGCAGGUGUCGCUGGUAUCGUUCCGCUUGUCACUGGCCUUUUAGUGGAUCAGUACGUGCUGGUUCCGUUGCGAUAUCGUUCGACGCAGGUUCCGGUGCUGCACCUGGGUCAGAUUUGGGCGCUUGGAGUGAUCGAGACUCGAUUGCUCCUGUUCACCGCCCGCUUCAUUGGUGUGCCAACGACGGGAUUGUACUCGACCUUCAUGUCGAACAUCGACGAAGUGGUUCGUGGUGGGGUGUAUCCUCGACCGAAAGUCAAGUUGGCUUGGAAGCGCGUGGUCGUCCCUGUCGUCGUCGCUGGAUUUGUUCUCCUGUCCGUGCCCUUCACGGUGGCUGAAGCGCUCGCUACCAGCGGAUGGGCAGAGGCAAGCUCGAAGGAGCAAGAACAGCUGCUCCUGCGGAAAGUGUUUGGUGCCAUCCAGAGCAUCGUACUCGUAGCAACGGUCCGAGCCGUGGUGAGGAAGAGGAUGGAUAGCUGGACAGAGUUGUUGAAGGACGAAGUGUUUUUGGAGAGCACCGAGCUGAAGAACUUCGAAGCGGACGAGGCGAAGGCCGGCGAAGGUAUGCGCGGAAGUUCGAGUGGUAAAGUGAAGAUGGGUGAUGAAGAGGCAGAAUGGAUAGAGGAAGAGGAGGGAGAAGUGGACGGAGACGGGGAAGGAAGGAGAGCGGACGAGUACGUUGCAGAGGGCACGUUGCCUGACGUGCUCUUCCGCUAG